GUGGCGGUGGCGGUGGCCUGGGCCGGGGCCGGGGCCGGGACCGAGCCGCCAUGUGGAGCCGGGGCAGGGCGGCGGGGCCGUUGUUCCCACUCGGCCGGUUGCUAAAUUACAAGUCAUGGAGGCGGAGGAGUAGUUUGGCUUGUGAAAAAGCGCUGCGGUAUAAAGUGGGAGAGAAGAUCCAUGGGUUCACUGUAAACCAGGUGACACCUAUUCCUGAGCUCUUCCUGACGGCCGUGAAGCUCAGUCAUGACGGCACGGGAGCUAAGUACUUACAUGUGGCAAGAGAAGACGCAAAUAAUUUAUUCAGUGUACAGUUUCGUACUACCCCAAAGGAUAGUACCGGCGUCCCACAUAUUCUUGAACACACCGUUCUCUGCGGCUCUGAGAAGUAUCCGUGCAGAGAUCCUUUCUUCAACAUGUUGAACAGGUCACUGUCCACUUUUAUGAAUGCGUUCACGGCUAGCGAUUAUACAUUGUAUCCGUUUUCAACCCAAAAUCCGAAGGAUUUUCAGAAUCUUCUGUCCGUGUAUCUGGAUGCAGCCUUCUUUCCGUGUUUGCGGGAGUUGGAUUUCUGGCAAGAAGGUUGGAGACUGGAACAUGAGAAUCCAACUGAUCCUCAAUCACCACUGGUCUUUAAAGGAGUGGUUUUUAAUGAAAUGAAGGGAGCAUUUACCGACAAUGAGAGAAUAUUUUCCCAGUACCUUCAGAACAAACUUCUUCCUGACCACACUUACUCGGUGAUCUCUGGAGGUGAUCCAUUAAACAUCCCCGAUCUUACCUGGGAGCAACUUAAACAGUUUCAUGCCAUUCAUUAUCACCCAAGUAAUGCUAGAUUCUUCACUUAUGGCAAUCUUCGGUUGGAACAACAUCUGAAACAAAUCCAUGAAGAAGCACUGAGUAAAUUUCAAAGAAUUGAACCUAACACUGCAGUGCCAGUUCAGAAGUUGUGGGAUAAACCAAGGGAACAUCAUGUAACAUGCAGUCCAGAUUCAUUUGCUGCAGAUCCCAACAAGCAAACAACCGUCAGUGUCAGUUUCCUCUUGCCAGAUAUUACAGAUACAUUUGAAGCCUUCACACUGAGCCUUUUGUCAUCACUUCUGAUCUGGGGACCCAAUUCUCCUUUUUAUAAAGCCUUAAUUGAAUCCGGACUUGGCACAGACUUUUCUCCAGAUGUCGGGUACAAUGGUUGUACUAGGGAAGCCUACUUCAGUGUGGGCCUUCAGGGAAUAGCUGAAAAAGAUACGGAAGCUAUCAAACACAUCAUUGCCAAGACGAUUGAUGAGGUUAUCGAGAAAGGAUUUGAGGAUGAAAGAAUUGAAGCUCUGCUUCACAAAAUUGAAAUCCAAAUGAAACAUCAGUCUACCAGUUUUGGCCUUGCUCUUACUUCAUAUAUAGCUUCCUGCUGGAACCAUGAAGGAGAUCCCGUGGAGCUUUUGAAAUUAGAAAAUCAAACAGCUCGAUUCAGGCAGUGUCUUAAGGAAAAUCCACGUUUUCUCCAAGAAAAAGUCCAGAAAUAUUUUAAGAACAAUCCUCAUAGGUUGACUUUGUCGAUGAGUCCUGAUGAAACUUACUAUGACAAGCAAACGCAGAUGGAAACGGAUAAACUGAAGCAAAAGGUCGAUUCUCUUUCUGCCCCUGAGAAGGAGUACAUCUUUGAAAAAGGCUUAGAAUUGAGAACUCUACAGAGCAAACCCCAAGAUGCUUCCUGUCUACCAGCGUUGAAAGUAUCAGACAUUGAGCCGACUAUACCCUUCACAGAACUCGAUACGGCACUAGCAGCUGGUGAAGUCCCUAUUCAAUACUGUGCUCAGCCCACCAACGGCAUAGUAUACUUCAGAGCCUUCUCUAGCCUCAACACGCUUCCUGAGGAGCUCAGACCCUACGUGCCGCUUUUCUGCAGCGUCCUUACCAAGUUGGGCUGUGGAGUUUAUGACUACCGAGAACAGGCCCAGCAGAUCGAGCUAAAAACAGGCGGCAUGUCUGUCUCUCCGCAUGUCAUUCCAGAUGAUUCGCAUCUAGAUGUGUAUGAGCAGGGUGUCCUCUUUUCAUCUUUGUGCCUGGACCGAAAUCUACCGGACAUGAUGCAUUUAUGGAGCGAAAUAUUUAACAAUCCACACUUUGAGGAAGAGGAGCACUUCAAAGUAUUGGUUAAAAUGACUGCCCAGGAGCUUUCAAAUGGCAUUCCAGAUUCUGGCCAUAUGUACGCCUCUAUUCGAGCUAGUAGGAAUCUUACUCCUGCGGGAGACUUACAGGAAACCUUUAGUGGAAUGGAUCAGGUGAAACUAAUGAAGCGAAUUGCAGAGAUGUCAGAUAUUAAAUCAGUCCUAAGAAAACUUCCCCGUAUCAAGAAACAUGUACUAAAUGGUGACAAUAUGAGGUGUUCAGUGAAUGCUGCUCCCCAGCAGUUACCCGUGGCAGCAAAAGAAGUAGAAAACUUCUUAAAGAGCCUCGUUAGAAGUAAGAAAGAACGGAAACCUGUCCGCCCCCAUGUGAUUGAGAAAUCUUCAGAGUCCAAGCCGGUAGGAAAUGAAUUACUCAACUGCUCCCAAGUCACAAGAAAAUUAAUUACAGAUCCUACCUUCAAACCGUGUCAGAUGAAGACCCAUUUCCUACUCCCUUUUCCCGUGAAUUAUGUCGGUGAAUGUGUUAGGACCGUUCCUUAUACAGCUCCAGAUUAUGCCAGUCUUCGGAUCCUUGCACGUCUGAUGACAGCCAAAUUUUUGCACACAGAAAUUAGAGAAAAAGGUGGUGCAUAUGGGGGAGGUGCUAAACUCAGCCAUAGUGGAAUAUUCACUUUCUACUCCUACAGGGAUCCAAAUUCCAUAGAAACGCUGGAAUCUUUUGGAAAAGCAGUUGAAUGGGCCAAAUCUGGAAAGUUCACACAGCAGGACAUUGACGAAGCAAAGCUUUCGGUAUUUUCUGCCGUAGAUUCUCCCAUCGCUCCUUCAGACAAAGGGCUGGACCAUUUCUUAUAUGGGCUCUCGGAUGAGAUGAAGCAGGCCCACAGGGAGCAGCUGUUUGCCGUCAGUCGGGAGCAACUCAUCCAAGCAACCAAUACGUACCUUUCAGUUGGACAGAGCACCCGAGGAUUAGCUAUUCUCGGUCCCGAAAAUACAAGUAUUGCUAAAGACCCAUCCUGGGUGAUAAGAUAAUUUUGUUGACCAACAUCUCACUCAAGGUAAAGAACAGUCCAGAAUUCUGACUCUCUCCAAGACACACAGGAUGUUUUGACUAGAAUCACAUCUGUAGGGAAAUUAGUUCUAUGAAAAUGCUGCUAAUAUUUCAUCAGUUUUGAUCAUGCACUUGCUGAUUAGACUUCAACUUGGUAAAGAAGAAUUGUGUAUGAUGGAGUUUCACUCUCUCAAACUGAAAUGGAAGAAAGAAAAACAAGUACUCACCUAGAAGACUUACCAUUUCUUCAGUUCUGCCUGGAUCCAAAGUCCUAAAGUGUUCAAACUUUUUUUUUUUUUUUAAAUACGUGUCACGUACUUUUGGUCCUCAAAGAUCGACAUAUUCGGUCAGUACUUUGUAAAAAGCUUUUCCUUUAAGAAAUAAAACAAUUCCAUCCUGGAUGUUA